GCGGUCAGCGCCGCCGCUUUUGGAGGCUUUCUUCCCUCGACGCCAAGAUCGCCCCCCUGGUCAGUUCCUACGUCAGGCUGCACCCUCCUCGGUCUACCUUCCCUUGGUCGUCAAUCAAAGUUCCCUUCUCAUGCACUUCGCAACCAUCGUUGGGACCAGAAACAGUCCACUUUCAGAAACAGAACGGGCUCCAUCCAACUCUUCGAAAAGAUGGGCGCCUUUGACUGCACCACCUUGGCCAUGGCGCCUCGAGGACCUGGAGGGACGGUCCCCGUGGAUUUCCUGACACUGCCACACAGAGAGAGGGCGUUCGUAAACUCGACUCGAACUACGUUCCCAUCUCCCAUCUCCUCGUGCAUUCCUGCGGCUCUACCCAAUUUUGAUGUCUCGACCGGAUCCCGAGAUUCUUACUAUUCUGCAUUCCAUGAGGAAUUUCUCUUCCGACCUUCCUCCCCUACUUGCCAGCGACUACUUCGCAUCAUCCAACACUAUCGGUAGACGGAAGGAGUUUGGGAAAGAAAGAUCUUCCCAGAGGCGGUAUGACCCUACAGCCGCUUAACCAGAGGCCAGCGGCCCAAUACUCGGCCGAACAUUAUCGAAGACAUCGUCAACGACUUGCUGAGAAGGGCACUGUGAAGAAGUCCCAUGCAGACUCCACAAAAGAAAAUAUUUUUGGAGUGAUGAAAAAAUGGAUACGUCAUUGCGAUUUUCUAGGAGAAGACAGGCUUCACUUCCUCGUACACGCCACUAAAGAAGAUAUUAUGACCUUCCUCAAAUGGAUAUUGGACGUUUAUUCCAGAGUCCGGAAAAGAAGCACUUUGGACGAAUACUGGAGAGUAUGGUGCAUGCUGUACCGAAAGUCCGUGGGGAAGAGUUUACAUGCUAAAGUCAUGGAGGAGGUCCGUGACUACAUUGAUGGAUACUUGACCAUUGAGUAUAACCUCGACACAUCCGUGCGGGAAAAGCCAGUUAUGGACGUUGACGACGUGUAUCUUGUCCUCCAUCAUCUCUGGGUUCUGGACACAUCGGUCUUCCCGGAUGAACGACAACGACUCCAGCUCGCUUUCUUGAUUCUUCUUUCCGCGUACACAGCAACGAGGCCGGCCGCUUUGGUGUACAAAGUGACCGAUCCAAUCAAACAAAGAGAACACUACCUUGGAUGGGAGAAUGAUGAGGACAACGAUAAUGGUAAAAUGGAACUGGAUUGGGAAGAUAUCAAGACUCUCUGCUAUGAGGAUGUGACGCUUCUUAUGCUUCCGAACCCUGAAGGAAAACGAGAUCUUCUCGCGAUGGAGGUAACGCUGAAGUAUACUAAGGGAUGGAAGAAAAAACCAAAUCCGAAAACGUACAUCCUUACUGAGGUUGAUACUCUUGUUUUUGAUGCGAUCCUAUUGAUGAUUAUUGUCGCCAUCCUCGACGAUGCUUUCGAGUCCAAGGUAACAUCAAUGGAGGAUAUAUUGCGGAUUCGAGUCCGUCCGCCACGACGCAGUUUGGAAUUUAGAUGGCGUGCGGAGAUGAUGAAAAAGCCAAUCUUCCGCCAAGCUGAACGCACUUCCACUGGCAUUCAAACGUCGCCGACGAAAGCGUUACGUUACCACACCUAUCUCUACUAUCUUCAGCGAUUGGGUCUCCAAGCAGGACUCAUGCAAAUCCUGGGAGCCUAUGUCAUCCGGAGAGGAGCUGGUGAGGCCGUUGAAGCUGUUGCAACUCAACCUCAGCUUCAGCAAGUUAUGUGUCAUAGGGAUGCUGGUAUCUAUCAAGCAUACAUCAAUCAACGUGUCCAGUGUGACGUACAGGCUGCUUUCCUUGGCCAGCCUUCGUCCAGGGCUCUGUUUAAAGCAGUCACACAUAUGAGUCGACACGCCGACCCACGAGCACCAACAGGGCUCGCUUCACGUGAAAUUGAUGGUCUUAAGGCCGACCCGGCCAUUGUUCAGCUUCGAGAGCUGAGAGACCGAUUGACCAACGAAGCGCGCAAAGAAUCUGGAACUCUGAAGCAGGCGGAAGCUGAAGGGACUAAGAUCUACCGGAUGUACAAGGAGGCCGACCGAGCGCUUCGUUCUACAAAAUGGACAGCACUCAAGUCGGCGAAGAAAGCCGCGCGACAGCAGUUUUUCGACACAAUUAGCACAAUUGAGAUCAACAAGCAGCUUGAUCUCUCUAUGCUCGAUCUCGAGGAGGGCGACUGGGUGCCCGAAAAGGUGGAACACCAUUUGGAAGAACGGCGAGUGGUUGCGGACCUUAUCUGCCAGGAUACUUGCCAGCUUGGUGAUCAGGACAAGUUCUGUCACAGGAUCCGUACCGCGAACGCUCUCGUCGCCUUGUGCCAAAAGAAGGACAUCCCGCUGCGGCACAAACCGGAUCGAACAUGGGGAGUUCAAGCGAAAAUUGAAUCGUCAGACCGUCAGCCCUUUCCCAAGGCUCCGACAACCACGCAGUGCGUCUUCUGCUUCUGGAACACAAGAGAGCCAUGCGAAGUCCGACUGCACAACUUCUCAACAGUGUACAAAACUCGGGAUCAUGUCGAACUCCAUCUCAAACAAUUUAAGGAAAACGAUGACAUCCCAUGCCUGGACCCCGAAUGUCAAGCCUCCGCUGUCGUCCUCCGUGGACACAUGCACUUCAAGAACCAUGAAGCGCGUAUGCAUAAUUACGAUAUCUUUCGGACAUUCAGCUGAUCACCGCGCUUUGACAAUUCGGAUGUGUCUGUGUAUUCCUGGACGAACAUCCGGGAAUAAGGGUCAUAAGGAGGACCGGCGCUUACGAAAACCCGGAGCGCGGCCGUCACUGAGCAGAUUUGGGAAACCAUGAGGAUAAUGCUACGUUAUAUUUGCAGUCGGAUUUACGCGUUGUCCAGUGGAGGUUCUUGCAACUGACAGAACAAUACUGCAAAGGGGUUAGUCCUUACCCUGCAAAGAGCUGACUUACUGACGACAAUAAGUUGUCAACGACCGCACGUCUUCGACGCUGGGUUUGGACAAUUUGGGGCUUUAUGGGCCGUCGCCUGCUUCUAGUGCCGCACACGGGCUGACAUCGAUAAUAGACCGUUUCUAAAGCCUACAACUUGAAUUCGUAUUGGUGUCGCUAGAGGUUAACCAUGAUCUAAGACCAACUUGUUUUCUAGAUUGAUCCAGAUGGCAUUAUUCCCGAGUUCACUAUUACCGCGUUGGGCCACUUUCCAUUGAACCCGGUGGUUGGCUGCGUGUGAAUCUUGUCACAGGAUUCAGAGUCGAUUCAUUUGGAAGGACGGCUGUGAAUAUGAAUCGGUGUUUAUUUGAGUGUUUCGGAUUCUCUGAAGGUACAAUUCCGUACUGGUGAGCCGAUAUGAGCUCAAGAAUUCCCCGGGACAGCGGCCAAGCUGACUGCUCGAGAGUUCCCAGAAAUAGGCCUUGUGGAGUUACUGAGCCAGGCACACGAAUCUCUUUUGGCAGCUCUCAUCUUUCCGACAAGGCCGGGCUCACAUGAGUUUUACACUGUAACUUUUGGCGAGUCUUAUUGACUGAUCAUGGAAGGCCAAUGGAUCGAGAUUGUUGUACAUCGUGGGAGUCAGCAGAACCUGUAAAUCGGCCGGCCAAAUAGAGGAGAAUGGAUAUCAAGACACUGAGAUACAGUAUAAGCCACGGCGGAUUGUGGAUGUUGGUCGGUUCUGUCUUUUGAUUCUCCCUCUGCCAGAUGAGUCAGCACACCACAUUUACAAUCGGUGCUACAGAUGGGGCAAAGGGGUACCCAAAUCGGCGCCGCCCCUAUCAAUUCGGGCUCUAGAGCCGAUUUAGGUGCCCGGAUCUAGAUGCGU